CCGCCCCACCCCCGCCCCGCCCCGCAGCACAGGGGCGCGCGCGCGCGCGUGUGCAGGAGGGGGCGGGUGGGGGAGGAUCGCCGGCGAGAUCCUGAGGCGAGGCUCGCGCGCCCGCCCCCGCCCUGGCCCCCAGCUCCCACCCGGUCGGCCCGGCUCAGCCAUGAUCAAGGCGAUCCUCAUCUUUAACAACCACGGGAAACCGCGGCUCUCCAAGUUCUACCAGCCCUACAGUGAAGAUACCCAACAGCAAAUCAUCAGGGAGACAUUCCAUUUGGUAUCUAAGAGAGAUGAAAAUGUUUGUAAUUUCCUAGAAGGAGGAUUAUUAAUUGGAGGAUCUGACAACAAACUGAUUUAUAGACAUUAUGCAACAUUAUAUUUCGUCUUCUGUGUGGAUUCUUCUGAAAGUGAACUUGGCAUUUUAGAUCUAAUUCAAGUAUUUGUGGAAACAUUAGACAAGUGUUUUGAAAAUGUCUGUGAACUGGAUCUGAUUUUCCAUGUAGACAAGGUACACAAUAUUCUUGCAGAAAUGGUGAUGGGGGGAAUGGUAUUGGAGACCAACAUGAAUGAGAUUGUUACACAAAUUGAUGCACAGAAUAAACUGGAGAAGUCCGAGGCUGGCUUAGCGGGAGCUCCAGCCCGUGCUGUAUCAGCUGUAAAGAAUAUGAAUCUUCCUGAGAUCCCAAGAAAUAUUAACAUUGGUGACAUCAGUAUAAAAGUGCCAAACCUGCCCUCUUUUAAAUAAAAAAUUUAAAAGGCCACUCCCAGGUAAAAUCCAGGGGGAAAAGUCAUCUAAGUUUACCAUGCAGUUGUUUACCAAAAAUAGAGGAGGAGAGUCUUAACUUUUGCUCUUGGAUUUAAGUCAAGGUACUGUAUAGAAGUUACGUAAAAUCAGUAUGGAAGUUCAAUGUUGCUUUUCUUGCUCAGUGAUUUUGAAGAAAUUGAGUAGCUCCAGUGUGAUUUUUUAUUUUCCUUCCCUUUCUAUAAACUGCAUUUCUGUGGCCACCUAAGGCAUGCGUCUAUGUAUUGGCUACUACAGUAUUUUGAAAAGUGUUUGGGACAUUUCUUUAAAUUAUGUACAAUCCAAAAUGUUGGUGUUCUGUAUGAAUCACAAGUGCAGCAUUCCUUAAUUCUUUCUGUUAUUUGUCAUAAUUGUUAUUUAUAGAACCAAGUAUGUAUUGCAUGAAAACAUUAUGACCUUUUUCUCUUAGUUUAAAUAAACUCCAAGGUAACUGGACUUCUAAAGCACCUUUCUGUUUGCCUGAUAUCUACUUUAGCAAUAAUUUUUUUUACGAUUCUCUGACUCAACAAACUAAAUAAAAGUAUAUUUUAUCACUGUUAA